ACAAAAUGGCGGCCGGAUGGUGCCGGAGCCGUGGGCAGCGCCGGGCCACUUAGAGUCGGGCCGGGCCGCGGGGGCAGGCGGCGCAGGGCUCAUGUAAUCAAAGAAGUUUCUUUGUUGUGUGUAUCUUUUCAGAACACAACAGGAAUUCAAAAUGAAUCAGAACACAACUGAAUCUUCAGGAGCAGUUGAGACCUUGGCUGAUGUACCUGAACAUGUGCUUAAAGGGCUUCCUGAGGAAGUGAGGCUUUUCCCAUCUGCUGUUGACAAGACACGGCUCGGUGUUUGGGCAACAAAGUCAAUUUUGAAAGGCAAAAAGUUUGGACCAUUUCUUGGUGAUAAGAAAAAAAGAUCCCAAGUUAAAAGCAAUGUGUACAUGUGGGAGGUGUAUUACCCAAACCUGGGAUGGAUGUGUGUUGAUGCCACCGAUCCAAAGAAAGGGAACUGGUUGCGGUAUGUGAACUGGGCUCGUUCUGGAAAAGAGCAAAAUCUGUUCCCACUGGAGAUCAACAGGACCAUUUACUACAAAACACUAAAGCCCAUCGAGCCGGGCCAGGAGCUGCUCGUCUGGUACAAUGGGGAAGACAACGCCGAGAUCGCCGCCGCGCUAGAGGAGGAGCGAGCCCAGCACCGCAGCAAGAGGCACUCGCCCAAAGCCAAGAAGGGGAAGAAAAAAGCCCAAGAGGGUAAAAACAAAGGAAAGAAGGCAACAGAUACAAAGCAGAACAAGACUGAUUUAGAUUUUACUUCCAUAGAUAUGAAGGACUCUAAAGACGGCCAUAAAGAGGAAGAUGAAAAGCCUUCUGUUUCUGCUGUGCUUUCAUUGGAACAAACAGCUGUGAUUCAGGAGAUGGUAAAUCAAGAUGCACUUCCAAAACUGGUGAUCCCCAGUCUUACAAGUGAGCAACAAAUCAUGUCUGAAGAGAAAUCAGAAGCUAUUACAUCAGACGAUUUGGAGGAAGAGGAGGAGGAAGAUGAGGACGACGAAGAUGAAGAGGAGAUGGAAGAUGCCGCUAUGUCCAUCGGAAGUGGUGGAAAAGAGUCUCUCCUGUGCGAAGAGAAGUUGGACUCUCCGGAAGAGCAAAGAAGUAUGUCAGAAGACUCUCCAGAAAGCUCUCCAAAAAAAACGCCUGUUGUGAAAAUUCCUAAAGUAAGAGGCGAAUCCAAUGGUGACCUCCAGGAAACCUUCAUGUUUCCCUGUCAGCAUUGCGAGAGGAAAUUUACAACAAAGCAAGGACUUGAACGUCACAUGCAUAUCCACAUAUCUACUGUCCAUCAUGCUUUCAAAUGCCGAUACUGUGGGAAAGCCUUUGGUACUCAGAUUAACCGGCGAAGGCAUGAGCGGCGUCAUGAGGCAGGGCCAAAAAGGAAACCAUUCUUAACGUUAGCUUCCUCGCAGCAGUCAGAGAAUAUUGCUGAUAACCAAAUACUUGUAGAUGAUGGUCUAAAAGAUGAACUAAAUGUUUCUAAUCUUGCACAAGACUCUGCAAUCUUGGAUCCUGAGAAGGUCUCCCAAGAAAUGUCAAAUUGUGCUUUUGUGGAAGAGAACAAGGAACCCAAAGAAUUGCAUCCUUGCAAAUAUUGUAAAAAGGUUUUUGGAACUCACACCAACAUGCGUAGGCACCAGCGUAGGGUUCAUGAACGUCAUCUUAUUCCCAAAGGUGUCAGGAGAAAAGGAUACUUUAUUGAAGAACCACAACUUCAAACAGAGCAGGCCCAACCAGCCCAGAAUGUGUAUAUAGCAAAUACAGAGUUAGAAGAAGAAGGUGAAGCAGACGAUGUAUACAUUAUGGAUAUUUCCAGCAAUAUUUCUGAAAAUUUAAACUACUAUAUUGAUGGUAAAAUUCAGUCCAAUAGCAGCACUAGCAAUUGUGAUGUGAUUGAGAUGGAAUCCAACUCGGCAGAGUUGUAUGGAUUAAAUUGUUUAAUUACUCCAGUCACAGUGGAAAUUUCUCAAAAUGUAAAGGUUACGCAGGUGCAUGUGAAUGAUCUUCCCAAGGAGCCCUCAAGCAGUGGAAGCAAUGAAUCAAAGAAGAGAAGAACAGCUAGUCCUCCUCUUAUACCAAAAAUAAAAACGGAAGUAGAUCCAGAACCUGUAACGCCAUCAGGUUCAUUAAAUCUUCCUCUUAGCAUUUCAACAGCUGAGAGUUUACCUUUUCACAAAGAAAAAAGUGUGUAUUUGUCAUCUAAAUUAAAACAACUGCUUCAGACACAGGAUGGUAAUAAGAUAACUCCAUCAACUGAAAUCCCUAAAUUAGGACCUGCUGCAUCUUCACCCAUUUUGCCUCCAGUUUCUAGUAGGUUUAAGAGAAGAACCAGCUCUCCUCCUAGUUCUCCGCAGCACAGUCCAGCCCUUCGGGACUUUGGCAAACCGGGUGAUGGGAAAACUGUGUGGAAUGAUACAGUUCUAGGUUCAAAGAUGCCAAAGUUAGAAAGCCACAGCAACUCGCCUGCAUGGAGCUUGACUGGAAGGGAGGAAAAAGAAACCAUGAGCCCUCUUUGCUUUGAAGACUACAAAAUAUCUAAGGAAUGGGCAGGCCCUCCUACCUUUGGUAAUGUGUGCAACCAGCAGCCAUUAGAUUUGUCCAGUGGUGUAAAGCAAAGGUCUGAUGUCAAAAGUAAGAACCAGGUUCCUUGGGAAUCUGUAUUAGAUUUAAGUGUGCAUAAGAAACCUUGCAGUGACACCGAAGUUAGAGACUAUAAAGAAAAUAAUCUGGUGCAGCCAGCAUGUAGUAGUAUUAAGAAGAAACCGACGACGUGCAUGUUGGAAAAAGUUCUACUGAACGAAUAUAACGGGAUGGAUGCAGCUGCGGAAAACGCACCAGAUUUGAAUAGGACCCUCAGUCCGUGUAAAUCGACAGAACUACAACCAGAGCCCGACACUGAGCUUAGUCUGUCUGCGCCUUCUGUUGAGGCUCAUUCACUUAGUUCCUGUACUUCACCUUUGCCUCAGAUGUCUUCUGCAUCAUCCUCAUGCCAGCUGCCCCCUCUCCUAACUCCAACAAAUCCUCCUUCCCCACCACCUUGUCCCCCUGUUUUAACAGUUGCUACAUCACCCCCUCCACUCCUUCCCACUGUUCCUUUACCCCUUUCAGAUGCCUCUGCCAGUGUCACUCACACUCCUUGCCCAUCACCACUUUCAAAUGCUACAACACAGUCCCCACUUCCAGUCCUUUCACCCACAGUAUCCCCCUCUCCAUCCCCUGCACCUUCUGUUGAACCUCUCACUUCUGCUGUUUCACCUGGUCCUCCUACACUCUCCUCCUCCUCUCCCUCCUCCUCUCCCUCCUCGUCCUCCUCUUCCUCCUCCUCUUCUUCCUCCUCCUCCUCUUCUUCCUCCUCGUCGUCCUCCUCCUCUUCCUCCUCCUCAUCUUCCUCUUCUUCCUCUUCGCACUCCUCCUCCUCGUCAUCACCUUCCUCCUCCUUUUCUUCCUCCUCAUCCACUUCAUCUCCUUCUCCUCCUCCUCUCUCAGUAGUUUCUUCUGUUGUUUCCCCUGCUGAUAAUCUAGAAACCCCCCUGCCCAUUAUAGCUUUUAAGCAAGAAGAAAUGGAGAGUGAACAUGAGAAACCAAGAGAAGAUCCACAGACUUCAAGUGAAGCAGGUGUAGUUCAAGAAACAUUCAAUAAAAGCUUUGUGUGCAAUGUUUGUGAUUCACCCUUUCUUUCUAUUAAAGACCUAACUAAGCAUUUAUCUGUCCAUGCUGAAGAAUGGCCCUUCAAAUGUGAAUUCUGUGUACAGCUGUUUAGAGAUAAAAUGGACUUGUCAGAGCAUCGCUUUUUGCUUCAUGGGGUAGGAAAUAUCUUUGUUUGCUCAGUAUGUAAAAAGGAAUUUGCUUUUUUAUGCAAUUUGCAACAGCAUCAACGAGAUCUCCAUCCGGAUAAAGAAUGUACACAUCACGAAUUUGAAAGUGGCACCCUUAGACCCCAGAAUUUUACAGAUCCUACUAAAGCGAAUAUCGAACAUAUGCAAAGUCUACCAGAAGAUUCCUUAGAACUCUCUAAAGAGGAGGAGGAUGAAGACCUAAAUGACUCCUCUGAAGAGCUUUAUACAACCAUAAAAAUAAUGGCUUCUGGAGUAAAGUCAAAAGACCCAGAUGUCCGUAUGGGCCUCAAUCAGCACUAUCCGAGUUUUAAGCCACCUCCAUUUCAGUAUCACCACCGAAAUCCUAUGGGUAUUGGCACCACUGCUACAAAUUUCACAACCCACAAUAUCCCACAGACCUUCACUACUGCCAUUCGUUGUACAAAAUGUGGGAAAAGUGUUGAUAACAUGCCUGAAUUACACAAACACAUCUUGGCAUGUGCCUCUGCCAGCGAUAAAAAGAGAUAUACACCCAAAAAAAAUCCAGUACCGCUGAAACAGACUGUUCAGCCUAAAAAUGGUGUGGUAGUUAUAGCUGGCACUGGAAAGAACGCUUUCAGGCGAAUGGGACAACCUAAGAGACUUAAUUUCAAUGUUGAAAUUAGCAAAAUGUCCUCUAGUAAACUAAAAUUAAGCGCAUUGAAGAAGAAAAAUCAGCUUGUCCAGAAAGCAAUCUUGCAAAAAAAGAAAUCUGCACAACAGAAGGCCGACUUGAAAAAUAGCGCAUCCGAGUCGGACUCUCACAUCUGCCCAUACUGUAAUAGAGAGUUCACUUACAUUGGAAGUUUGAACAAACACGCAUCGUAUAGUUGCCCCAAAAAACCCGUCUCCCCAUCCUCGAAAAAAAGCUCAUCAAAAAAAGCUGGAAGUUCCUCAUCACUUGCAAGCAGUGAUAAAGGCAACAACCAGCGUAGGCGAACAGCAGACGCCGAAAUCAAAAUGCAGAGUAUGCAGGCUCAUUUGGGAAAAACGAGAGCACGAACCUCGGGGCCCACGCAGAUUCAGUUGCCCUCUGCAUCUUUCAAAUCCAAGCAAAAUGUAAAAUUCAUAUCGCCGCUUAGAUCGAAAAAGCCAAAUUCAUCAUCUUCAUUAAGGAACUCCAGCCCCAUGAGAGUGUCCAAAAUGACUCAUGCUGAAGGGAAAAAAACUAAAGCGGUAGCUAAGAACAGUUCUGGAAUCUCGAGCAAAGCGUCUCGGAAGUUGCAUGUAAGACUACAGAGGAAUAAAGCCGUUUUGCCAAAUAAGUCUGCUGUGGCAAGCAAGAAGAAGGCAGACAGGUUCAGUGUAAAAUAUAGGGAGAGGAUUGGAGGACCUGUCACUCGGAGCUUACAGCAGGCAGCUAAUGCAGACACAAUAGAAAGCAAGAGAGAUGAAAGUGCAAAACAAGAACUAAAAGACUUCAGUUACAGACUCCGCGUGGCCUCUAGAUGUCCCUCCUCCUCUUCUCAUAACACCAGCACCAGGCAAUGCAAGAAAUCCAGCUGCACUACCACCCACUUCUUCAAGGAAUAGACUCCUCUGCGCAUCAAACCAAAACAGGCACAGGACAAUGCUGACCUGAAAUGAGGAGGCAAAAUUAUCCUCAAACACCAUCAUCUGUUCUGUUUCUCCUCCGCUGAGGUGAGACCGGUUCCUCAGGAGACAAAGGGGCCAGCGAUUUCCUCUGCCAGAAGCACUGGCAUGCUCUUGUCAUAUUGUCCUUCCUUCCAGGGAAAGAGAUCAAUGCAGGGCUCCUGCCUUCUCAAGAGAGUCAUUAACUAUGAAGGCUGAUGUGAGGAUGAUUUCAUAACAGUCCCUGCAGUGUGAAGUCCCAUCCAUCAAGACCCAGUGGAGUAUCAUGGAAAAAUGUUCAGAGACAAUUGCAGGCUGAUUGACCAUGUGUGAGGGUUGAUAGAUUUGGGUGAGUUUCCUCUUUCUGGUGAAGCCUAGAGAAGUUUGACAUACUAUGCAAUUAAAUUUUCAAAAAAAAAAAGACUGUUAAAUUAUUUUAGCUUCAACGUUACUUUAGAUGCUGUGAAGUAUAGAACUGGGCAACACAAGAAACCCCACCAAAGGAGCGGUUACAUUUUACAGAGGUUUUUACAUCCCAAAUCUUUGGGAGCCCUAGUCUCCCAACUUUGUAUCGUGAGCUUUAAGAGCCUGGGGCAUUGUAAAAGUUUGGAUGCCAUCGCUUUUAAAGUGUGGUAGGAUCUACAUCUCUUGUGAAGUGGCUUUUGUGAAAUGCAAUGAUGGUCUCAGCCCGUUUUUUUUUCUCAUGGGACAAGUAUCCAUUUUGCAAGUCUCCAUUAUUCUCAGUGCCAUCGUUAUUCACGAUUUGUCUUUGCCAGCAUUUCUAAAAUGCCCAUUGCUGUGCACUGUAUCAAGCAGCAUCUUCCCCAAAAAUAGUGUUUGUGACCUCCAGAAGGAACGAGUCCAGUUUCAGUGGGCUUAGCAAGAGUGGGUGUGUGAUGAUGGCCGGCAGCUGAUGAGGAUGGAGGUUCAGGAAGCUGCAAGUCCUGCAGCUUGUGCAAACAGAUGUUUUCUUGCUAAAACAUGCCCACAACACAUACAGAAAUAUCCUAUGGAAGAGAUGCUGUCCUCUACAAGCUUCACUUCAGUGGUAUAGAGUCAAAGGGGGUCCUUUUACAUUAUCCACAGGCCUGCACCAGUGGAGCAUAAAUUUGGGAUUUUCAAAGGAGUUUUAGGCAGUUGAAUGCCCAGCUCCCAUUAAAUGUUACUAGAAGCUGGGUGACUGACUCCAAAGACAGAUGAAAAUGUGCUUCCCUGUCCCUCCUUGCUCCCCUGUCUCCCCAAAUGUCAAGAAAACAACAUUUUAUAAGGUUAUGUUUCUUUCCAAAAUUUGAGAGGGCUUUUGAAAAACCAAACACCUCAACCUUUUUCACAAUCCCAAGAGGUCAAGAAGAACAAAGACAUUUGACUUUUAACGACCAUUUUAGGGGUCCCAAAAACUGAUCAUUUUUUGUGUUUUCAGUGAAAACCUGAUUUUUAUUUAUUUAUUCUGGACAGCAGAAUUGUUUUGUUUAAAAAGAACUAGAUUUGUGAGAGGAUGGAAGCCAAAAGCCAUUUUAAAUUUAAAAAAACAAAACACAACAACCACUAAAUAAAAGCAUAGAGGAAAAUAUUUGGAGUCUCUGGCUGCUUUGAAAAUCCCAGCCUGAUUACUUUUCCAGUGCAGUUGUCACAGAGAGAAGUCUUAGGAGAGACAUUAUGUGAGAUACCAAGGACUGAAUGAGCCAUAAAGAGCCAGGUCCCUUACUCCUUUCAAAGUAACCAAGGGGACCUUUGAGAGGAGGCUUUGUGGAGAAAUCCCCAGCCAUCUGGCUGCUUCUGCCAGCACUCAAUUCUCUUUAUAUGUACAUUUGUAUAUGUAUAUAUACACAUAAAGAAAAAAUAAUAAUUACAAAUUAAGACUGAGAUUUUCACAGCUGCCUAAGAGAUUUAGGUGCCUUACACUCUUUAGAAUUACUGGGAAUUUGGUGUCCAAAUUCGAUAGGCUGGUUUGAAAGUCUCAGCCUGAUUGCAGAGGAAAAAACCAACAGUUUGUCAGCAUUAGAUCUGCCUAACAGCACCUGACCUCAAAAUACAGUCACGUAGCUUCCCCUGCAGCUCUCUAUAAUUCACUCUGCUCUCUUCUGGGUAGUGACUAAUCCUUUCUUUCAUUUUCUCCCGCUUUCUUUCCUGAUCCAGAAUUAGCGUGGUAAACCUGCACCCGAGUUCUUUAGGACAGGGACUAUGAUCUGUCUUUGGACCACAACUAGCUUGUCGCGCAAACAAGUGCUAUCAGUAAGAGACCAACUCCAAUAAAUAACCUCCAUCCUAAAGCAUAACUUUAAAGUAUCCCCAAGUUUUCCAAUAGUGUUUGCUGGGUUUUUAGUUAGAGAUCGCAUUUACUCAGCGGAGAAUUUCCACUGGUCACUUGGGGGUUGUUGCUCAGGAGAAAUGUCGUUGCGUCACAGCCUGAAUUAUACUCAGCCAACUCUUUUGAGGUGCCCCGAAUUAGCUAUGGACAGUAUGGUAAGUUAAGGAUGGAGUUUCUGGCACGGAUUCUGCUGGGUUUAGUGCCUUUACGGCAAACCAAUGAGGUUAUUCCAGUUCCAUUUUGUGCAGCUUAAUUUCCUUUGGGUUUUUUAGAGGGAUAUUAACAAUAAUAAUCGACAAACUCAAGGAGAAAAAUGUGUAAAUUACUAUGAUAUAUGAACAUUUUUCCCAGAGCAAUUCUGGUUUAUCACACAAACCUGUAAAUAUGUAUUUACAAUUUUAAAAGCACGUCUUUACAUCCCUGAUUGUAAAUGCUCCGUUUUUAAAGUUUUAUAACGUGUUAUUUAACCAAGAGACCACAGCACACACAGCUUGAUAUUGUAUUUGUCCACUCAAAGGAUCCAUUACAGUCUGAACUGUGGUAGAAAAAUAUCCACACCGUGAACAAGAAAUAUCCCAUUAUUGCACCAAACUUGUCACUGAUGAUUCUCAGACAACAAAAGCAGAUUCUUUAAAGGGGGAGGUGAUGGAGUCUAUUUUCCCACAAAACUUGGCAAUCCAAAAUGGUAUUAUUUCUCUCUGAUGAUGAGGAUAACUUCACCACAGUCAAUUCAGGAAAAAUCACCAUUUUCUUUUUUUCUCCCAGGGGCAGAAUUUCACAGUUUUGCAGCAAACUUCCUAACCUCCCCCGUGCCUGCUGGUGAAAUGUGUGAAAUUUUGUCUUUGACUAAUAUCACCAAUUCUCAUGAAAAUUCAAGGGAAAAAAAAAAACUCAGGUUUUUGCAUGUAGAAUUUUGCAAGGCUGACACUGGAAGCUCUGCAGUGCCCUGUGACGAUGUGAAUAUUGAGAUGGGUAUUAAAAAAAAGACAAGUAGAGAUACGAUGUGACCUGGUUGGGUGCUCGGAUUAUGAGCAUUCCUUUGGAAAACGAAAGGCUCUGCUGUCUGUCUGCCAUUGUAACGAAAAACAAUAAACUAAUGUGAUGAACUUCAA